CACAACAUCAACAAAUUUCGCCAUGGCGGAAAAAAUGAUUCCAAAGGAACAAGUUGAUCGGUCAACUAUCCAAUCCCUAAUGGAAACAGGCAAAUUCGUGAUGAUUUGUCCUAUUGCUCCAGUACCCGGAGACAAUUCCUCUAUUGCAACAUCGAGUCCUGCGAAUGUUGGCACAGAACCGAAGAAAUGGACCGAGAAUGCGACCGCUUCAAAAAAAAUUCAAAAAAAAAGAAUCUCACCUCUACCUCGGAGACUUCGAUUACCAGUGCCGACGCAAAGCCGGUGAAACGUUCUGUGGAUAAUGAGGAAAUUGUCAACCAACUUCCGCAAGACCGCAAAAAGAAGAAGCUGAAUGCCUCUCAGCUGAAGCAGAAGAGAAGAUAUGUGACCAAGUGGCAAGGAAUACUUGACGAAAAUUCGGGUAAUGGUUCUCAUGUAGCGGAAGGAGAUUCGGGCGCGAAAGGAGCCGAAGAUGAUGACCAGUUUGUAGUAGCCGUGGACGGAAAACUCGCUCUUGACGAAACUAUGGACGACGACUUUGAAAUUGAUGUAUCCAAGUAGUCUAGUACAGAAUGUGACAUUGUCUACAACCGUUUGAAAG